UUGCAGCCGCGGGGAUUUCGACUCGUGCGGGCGAACCGACUGCCCGACCAGCGCUCUUCACCGCUGCCCCAGUCCGCCGACUCCUGAGGACACGCGAAGCUGACGUGACCGCGGGGGAUGCUCAUUGCUCAGUGCCACCACCGGUGACGCUCUUCCGCAUCUCUAGGGAAACCGACCGCGGCCAGUGCGACGUAGGGCGCGCAUGUGAGAAGACAGUGUGUGCUGCACCUGCGCUGCCGACAUCUUAUCUCGAGGGAGGAAUAAACGACUAAGAGGCAGUCGCCAUGAAGCGGACUGCCGUCUUGGUUCUGGUCCUGCUAGCAGUGGUCGCGCAUGCACAGAGAUCGUCAUCGAGGACGUCAGAUGACUCGCCGAGGUCUUCGCGGGGCAGCCGCAAGUUCGACAGUACGAGCGCGCGCGAGGAGCUGGGCGUGUCUGCCGCGGACUGGGAGGCGGCCGUGACGCCGUCCCUGGGGGCGGCGCGAUCUGCCGGCUCUCGCAGGGGGCCGUCCGCCUCCAGGGGGCAGUCACAGCAGCAGCCCGCCUCCAGGAGGAGACCGGCCGCCCCCGUCGCUCGCCCCAAGAUCGACCUGCAGUCGCUGGAGGUAGAGCAGGUGGCGGCGUCUUCGGUGAUCGCUCCGGUGACGCAGCAGUUCGUCUCGCGCCGCCCCUCUGCAGAGAAGGGCCGCUCGGCGCCGGCGGUGGCGGCGCGCCGCAGGGACGUGGAGACGCCGGGCGCCGCCCCCGAGUCAGCGGCCCCCACUCGGCGCCGGCCGCAGCCCAGCAGCGACGCAGACCUGGCGGCCGUCGCGUUCGAGCCCACCUCGUACACCCGCCGCCGCCCCUCUCCGUCCGCCUUCAGCAGCGAGCUGUCCGGCGGCACCUACGAGGGCUCGUCUUCCAGCCGCAGGCGGCCCGCGGCCGCGCCGCCCACCGCCGCCCCCGCACCUGUCGCCGAGCCCCCUGCGCCUCCGCCGGAGCCGUCCACUACGACGACGACCACCACCACUACCACUACUACUACAGCGGCGCCCGCUCCGGAGACACCAUCCACUCAAGAAAGGGUGGUACCUCCGAGAUUCGACACCGGCCGCAGACGCGGCGGCGGCGGCAGCGUGGCUGAGCCAGAGGCGACGUUCGGCCCCAGACAGCGAGGCGGCGGUGGCAGCGGCGGCAGCAGCAGUCGCAGGUCCGGGGGCGGCAGCUCGCGCCGCGGGGGCGUGUCCUUCCAGGAAAGCGAGGCUGCCGCCACCCUCAGCCGUGACCGCGCCCGCGGCAGCCGCCGGGAGCAACUCGUCACUACGCCCAGGUCGACCGCUGCGCGAGGGCGUGGCUCGUCAAGGACCACAGGCAGCUCGACCACCUCAACAACGACGACCACGACGACAACCACGACCACGGAGGCUCCCCUGCUCACCAACCCGGACACGGAGGUCGCGCCCGAAUUUAAUGGUGGCGACGAAGACAGCAACGCAGUGCAACAGACAGACGCGGCGACGGCGGAGAGCGCAGCGCAGGAGCUGCCGCCAGUUCCGGCCGCCACCGAAGCGCCGCAGGGGGCGGGGAACCCCCGGGCAGAGACGUCUCGCCGCAAGAACGCAGACGACGGCGGCGCCACUAGGCAGGCGCCGGCAGCGCGGCGGGGCUCCGUCAGGUCGCGGGGCGGGUCCAGCGCCGGCGACGAAGGCAGGAGCGCCACAGCAGCCGUGAACAGCCGGCGGUCUGGCUCUCGUGGCGGCAGCAGCACCAGGGGCGGCGCCGCUCAGCCUGCGGCCGCACCGGCCCCAUCCGCCCCCGCAGAGGACGUGCUGCCCACGGGGGCGGGAGCACCCGCAGCCUUCGCCAGGACGGGCUCACGUCGGCCUUCCCCCAGAAGCCGGCCCACAGCAGUGGACUUAACUACUGCUGACACAUCACAAAAUGAUGUGCAACCUCGCUCAUCCACGAGAGGCCGUAACCAUGCAGACAGUGUCCCUAGCAGCAGCAGCAACAGCAGGAGGUCAAAUCGCAGAGGCUCUGCCACAUCAGAUGUAGAUGCUAGUGGGAACUCUGCAGCAGGUGCCUCUGUGCAGAGAACGAGCCGCAAGAUCAAUGCCGAAACGAAUGCACGUCCCAGCUUUAAGAACACAAGAAGAGGCACUUCCAGUAAAAAAUUAACAACUGAAACUACUUCAGUAAAAGAUGAAAUUGAUGAGUCUGAGAACUAUCCUCCUGAGUUCAUACACAAGAUAAAGUCUUCUGUUGAUACAAAGGAUGAGAAAACCACACAGCCAUCACUGUUGUCUAGUUCUCCUGAGGACACAUUCAUUACUAAAAGUUCGGAUAAAGUGGUUUCUGUUUUUACACCCUCCUUAUCUGAGGAUGAGAUAAAUGCUGAUGAAGAUAAAGAAAAUCAGAACAAUGAAGUUCAUCUGAAUAAACUGGAGACAAGAAGGCGAUCAAAUAAGUAUACUGGUAGGGCAAGAUCUUAUAAAACAGGAUCAGAUGAAACAGGAAAGCAACGCAAAGUAGAUCUUCUGUUGGCACCCUCGCCACCAUCUGAGAGGGAAGUGACAAAGCCAACAGUCCGUUCCUCAUCACGGAGCCCACAUAAAUCUUCCAACGGCUACUCCUUGCGAGGCAGUAGACCACUUGACAGCAAGAAAGACACUGCUACUGAAGAGAUAAACAAGGUUGAGACUCCUUCUCCACCAACACCUGACACUCUGCAGCUGGACACUCCUAUUACUUCCCCUACACAGAGCACCAGAGCGGCAUUUCGUAGCAAGUCAAACUUCAGAAGUCAUCACAUUUCAAAGCCAGAGGCAGAAAACAUUGUAACUGCUCCAGGUGGCACUGAUACUCAGGAUUCAUCUCCUCGGCCAUCAUUCAGAAGAGCAUUUCCUACAAGAUCAAGAUCAGCAGUUUAUAAAAGCCAUUCAUCAAGAAAUGAACAGGUCACUGCUUCAACAGAAGAUAACAUUAUUUCAAGCAGGAGCUACACACCAAGAUCUACAUCUAGCAAAACAAGAACUACCUCAAGUUUUCGCAGAAGUAUUGCAGCUACAACAGACGACAUUCAAAAUGAGAUCCAAACUUCUGCCCAACCGCCUGCUACCCCACGCUCAUUAGUUGGAACACAGAGAUUCAGUGCACGUUUCCGUAGUGAUCUGCUGUUAGCCACAGGAGGAUUAAGAUCUACUACUACUACUCCAGCUUAUAUACCUACUGUGCCUCUCAUCAGGGCAGCAAGUACAACAACCACAGAAACAUCAGCAGGAUCUGGGAAAUGGUCGACUAAUCGUGGACGAGCAGAUACACGCUCUCGCUCUGCUCGUGUGAACCUCUUGUGACGUCGUACUACUGGAGGCCAUUCAUAGGAUCACUAUUUCACUAUUGUUCCAGUAUUCAGUAUGCAAAGUGCAAACUUUGAGUUUUUCUAUAAAAAACAAAUGUGCAGGCUGGUGAGAGCGUAAGCACAAAUGCAACUAUUUCCCACAGAAAUUUUCUUUUUAAAGAAAGCGUAGUCACUCUGAGCUGCUUGGUGCAGUUCACCUUUUCUAGCUGCGAGAAAUUACAUACGACAGAACUAGAGAUUCAUCUCUAGUGUUUUUGAUAUCCUGAAGGAUGUUGUCCAUCAAAGUUUAUACAACACUAUCUCAUUUUAUUUUGAAAUUGUGUAUUUUAACUUCAGGUGACUGAAGGGAAAUUAAUCAUUAUCAUUUUAUCAUUUUUUAACAAUUAUUUCCUCUAACUUUGCUUAACUGUGGUAGCACUGGAAGCAAAUUUUUUGGAGAUUAACCAAAUGUAGUGGAAUCUAUGUAACUUUCAGUAGUCUUGCUGCUAGCAUUUGUUUGGAUCUCACAGCCUGCACAGUUGGCAUAGUAAUGACAAAAUUUAAUUUUGUAUCAGUUUCUUUCUUUUUGUACUGUAGAGCCAGUAGAUAGUGGAAAUAAGUAGUUUUAUUCUUUGUGAUUACUGAGCGUGUUUCAUCCAUGAACAUUUUGAAGCAUGAUUUAUUAGGGGAGUUCCACUUGUAAUGUUCUUUUUGUAAUAUAUUAUCUAUUAUGUGUUUAUAUUGUGCUGUAAAUAUUUUGCACAGGAUAUAUGAUCUUCAGUGUUGUAUAUAGUAGCUGUAAAAUUGUAUUUAAGUGAUGUAGUUUACUCAGUCUCCAUUUCUGUAGACAUCAUUUAUUCAUAAUAUACAUUGGUACUUUUUUCAUUGUGGUCUGUGUCAGUGGAACUGGAUGCCUGUAGAAACAAGUAGCAGCAUUAAACAUCAUGACCUAAGAGAGCUGUCCACUCAUAAUUAAGAUAGUGUUUGUAUCUCCAUGAUAACUUGUAAAUUCAUUGUUCUAACAUCAUCUCACAUUAAAGCACCUGCACUGUUAAUUACUGUUUGUUAAAAAUCCUUCAUCUAGGAGACAGACAUGUAUGGUGCAAAGAAAUAAAGACUAUUUUCAUUGUAA